GUGUCCGUCCGUCCCCCACACGGUCCAGCCAGACACUCCUCACUCCACAGCGCCGCGCAAUGGCGCCCAAGCGGCGCCUGCGCCUGCUUCCCCUCCUCGCCGCGGCCGUCGCGUGCUCCCUGCUGCGCGCGUGCGGCGCCGCCGCGGCGAGCACCGGCACGCUCGGCCUCCGUCACCACAAGCCCGCGAAGAAGCACAACAGCACGCGGCACGGGGGUGGGCGCCCCCGGGGAGGCGGCGGCGGUGGCGCAGGCAGUCCCGGCACCGGCAUGGCGGCGUGCAACUUAUUCCAGGGAAGCUGGGUGUACGACGACUCGCUGCCGAUGUACGACACGGCGGGGUGCCCCUUCGUGGAGCCGGAGUUCGACUGCCAGAAGUACGGCCGCCCCGACAAGAUGUACCUCAAGUACCGGUGGCGCCCGGCGUCCUGCGAGCUCCCGAGGUUCAACGGGCAGGACUUCCUGAGCCGAUGGAAGGGGAAGAAGAUACUGUUCGUGGGGGACUCUCUCAGCCUGAACCAGUGGGAGUCGCUGGCGUGCAUGCUGCACGCGGCCGCGCCGGCCUCCAAGGUCGCCUACAGCCGGGGCAACCCCGUAUCAACCAUCACGUUCCAGGACUACGGGCUGUCGGUUGCCUACUGCCGGAGCACCUACCUCGUGGACAUCGUCGAGGAGUCCGUCGGCCGGGUGCUCAAGCUCGACUCCAUCACCGGCGGCGCGUGGCUCGGCGCCGACGUCCUCGUCUUCAACACGUGGCACUGGUGGACGCACACCGGCAAGGACCAACCGUGGGACUACGUGCAAGACGGAGGGCAGGUGAUGAAGGACAUGGACCGGCUCACGGCCUUCUCAAAGGGGAUGACCACAUGGGCCAGGUGGGUCGACUCCAACGUCGACACCUCCAAAACAAAGGUCUAUUUCCAGGGCAUCUCCCCGACCCACUACAACGGAGCCGAGUGGGGCGAGGGCUCAAGGAACUGCGCGCAGCAGACGCAGCCGAUCGCGGGGUCCGCGUACCCGGCGGGUCCCGUCCCGGCGCAGGCCGCAGUGAGGGCCGCGCUCAGCGGCAUGUCCAAGCCGGUGUACCUGCUCGACGUGACGCUGCUGUCGCAGCUCAGGCGGGACGGCCACCCGUCCGCCUACAGCGGCGGACACCCGGGCAACGACUGCAGCCACUGGUGCCUCGCCGGCGUGCCCGACACAUGGAACCAGAUACUCUACGCGUCGCUCCUUGCAUAGGAUAGGACCCGGGGGGGAACAGAAACACAUACCAUAUAUACCGGUGAUUCAUAAUCUUGUAUGGGGAAUAUUUAAAUUGGUGAUUCAGUUUUUGUUCGGUUCAAAGUAAUGUACUAUAGAUGAUGGAUUUUCUUGUUCUUCGAUAAUAUCAUGAACAGCCAACAAAUUGGCAACAUGAACACAA